AUGACGGCUGUGCUUGCCCACCUCGCCCGAGAUGAAGGGCUUUCACCAGCCCUGACAGGCCAGUAUCUCGGCAUCCCCGGCAUUGGCCCUCCUUCAUACAUACCCGACAAGUACAGGGAGCUCUUGCUCUCCCGCGAGCAGAACAAACACGCUCCUAUGCUUCCCGCGGCGGCUAUCGACAUGUUCAUGCAAGGUUACAAACCGGACGCAUCAGACCCUUUAUACAACGUGCUAGCUGCACCCGGCGGACAUUCUCAGCUUCCCAAGACAUACUUUCAGAUCAAUGGCCUGGAUCCGCUGCGCGACGAAGCGUUGAUCUACGAGAAGAUCUUACGAGAAGAUAACAGGACAGAGACACGGAUAGACAUGUACCCAGGACUACCUCACGCUUUUUUCCUAAGUUUGCCGGGGUUGGAGUCAACUAAGCUGUACAGAGAGGACCAGGUGAAGGGGAUUGGGUGGUUAUUAGGGAGAGAUAAUAUCUAG